AUGAACUCCACCCAUCACCAUGGAAUGCACACUGCUCUCCACUUCUGGAACCACAGCACCUACGGACUGCACGGCAAUGCCAGUGAGUCCCUUGCAAAAGGCUACUCAGACGGAGGGUGCUACGAGCAACUUUUUGUCUCUCCUGAGGUGUUUGUGACUCUGGGUGUCAUAAGCUUGUUGGAGAAUAUUCUGGUGAUUGUGGCAAUCGCCAAGAACAAGAAUCUGCAUUCACCCAUGUACUUCUUCAUCUGCAGCCUGGCUGUGGCUGAUAUGUUGGUGAGCGUUUCCAACGGGUCAGAAACCAUUGUCAUCACCCUAUUAAACAGCACGGACACGGACGCACAAGGUUUCACCGUGAAUAUUGACAAUGUCAUAGACUCGGUGAUCUGUAGCUCCUUGCUUGCAUCCAUUUGCAGCCUGCUUUCGAUCGCUGUGGACAGGUAUUUUACUAUCUUUUAUGCCCUCCGGUACCAUAGCAUCAUGACGGUUAAGCGGGUCGCGAUCAUCAUAAGUUGUAUCUGGGCAGCUUGCACAGUGUCGGGCAUUUUGUUCAUCAUUUACUCAGAUAGCAGCGCUGUGAUCAUCUGCCUCAUCACCGUGUUCUUUACCAUGCUGGCUCUCAUGGCUUCUCUCUAUGUCCACAUGUUCCUCAUGGCCAGACUUCACAUUAAGAGGAUCGCCGUCCUCCCAGGCACUGGCGCCGUCCGCCAAGGUGCCAACAUGAAGGGGGCGAUUACCUUGACCAUAUUGAUUGGGGUCUUUGUUGUCUGCUGGGCCCCCUUCUUCCUCCACUUAAUAUUCUACAUCUCUUGUCCCCAGAAUCCAUACUGUGUGUGCUUCAUGUCUCACUUUAACUUGUAUCUCAUCCUAAUCAUGUGUAAUUCCAUCAUUGAUCCUCUCAUAUACGCACUCCGGAGCCAAGAACUGAGAAAAACCUUCAAAGAGAUCAUCUGUUGCUAUCCUCUAGGUGGCCUCUGUGAUUUGUCUAGCAGAUACUAA